AUGACGAAUGCAAAGCAUAGCAAGGGAGGAAUCAAUGUUGCUGAGAAAGAUUCUUCCAUUGAGCUUUGGCAUAAGAGACUCGGUCAUUUGAGCGAGAAGGGGCUGCAAAUAUUGUCCAAGAAACAACUCUUGCCCGGAGCUAAAGGUACUCUUCUUAAAACUUGUGUUCAUUGCUUAGCCGGAAAAACUCAUAGAGUUGCAUUUCAUAGAUUUCCACCUUCUAGAAGGAGUAAGGUACUUGAUCUAAUUCACACCGAUGUUUGUUUUAUGCGAGAUAAAACUCUUGGUGGUGCAAGCUAUUAUGUUACCUUCAUCGAUGAUCACUCAAGUAAGGUGUGGACAUAUGCUUUGAAAACGAAGGAUCAAGUGCUAGAUGUUUUCAAGCAAUUUCAUGUGAAGUGGAAAGGGAAACCGGCCUGA